AUGGUCACCUACAUCCUGUACGGCUUCCGCUGGAACCGCAUCGCUAGCCCGUCAGCAUAUGGUAUCCGCGCAUACAUCGCAAUCGCUAACAUCGCCGACGCAGCCGCUGAGUACCUUCAGCAUCCAAUUACAAAUGCUGUCAUCCUCGACUCAUUCAACCACAUCGACCCCAACAUACUUACCCAUAUACCCGACCUCCAACUCAUUGAGCAGUACGACCCCGAUGACCUUGGUGCUGACGCCGUGAGCCAGCCAUAUGCAUACGUUUCAGCGAAAACUCUGACGAUGGGGGCGAAAGCACUGUCCCGUGCAGGGCUGGGAUUGAGUCUGCAAGAAAUUGCACAGCAAGAUCCGGGCCUGUCAACGGCGGGGACCGAGGUAUUUAAAAAGCUUAAGGAUGAGCUAGCCCCUGCUUCGGAGAUUGGCUGGUUUGUAGUUUACAAUGGCGAGCCGGAACGGGCGUAUGAAAGCUCGGAUGAGAGUUCUUCUGUGGUGGAGGAUGAGGAUGUUGUCACGGAUAGUAAGGGUGGUAUCAAGGAGUAA